UUUGUGACGUCAGGCUGCGCGGCCAGGCUGGGACAGGCGGCGGCUCGCGGAGGCGCUUCUUCGAGCGUGACGUGCGGUCUUCGCUCUGCUGCGGCCCGCCCGCCCGCCGGUCUAGCCGCCGCCUCCUUCGCUCCCUGAGCGCGCCAGGCUAGGGUCAGCGGCCGGGGCGACGCGGCGCGGAGAGGGCGGGCGGGCUGUGGGAGCGCCGGUCUCUAUAUGGCGGCGGCUCUGUCGGGCCUGGCUGUCCGGCUCUCGCGCUCGGCCGCCGCCCGCUCCUAUGGGGUCUUCUGCAAGGGGCUGACUCGCACGCUGCUCAUCUUCUUCGACCUGGCCUGGCGGCUGCGUAUCAACUUCCCCUACCUCUACAUCGUGGCUUCCAUGAUGCUCAACGUCCGCCUGCAGGUUCAUAUUGAGAUCCAUUGAAGGCCCUCCCAGACUGACGAAGGCGUGACGUCAGGCCCACUGCAUCCAAGAAGACGAAGCAUGAGGGACAGAAGAGGGCCUCUCGGCACCUGCCUGGCACAAGUGCAGCAGGCCGGAGGAGGUGACUCGGACAAACUAUCAUACAGCCUUAAGAAAAGAAUGCCAGAGGGCCCUUGGCCUGCAGAUGCACCCUCCUGGAUGAAUAAGCCUGUGGUUGAUGGAAAUUCACAAAGUGAGGCAUUAUCACUGGAAAUGAGAAAGGAUCCGAGCGGGGCUGGCCUCUGGCUUCACAGUGGUGGCCCAGUGCUUCCAUAUGUGAGAGAAUCACUAAGAAGAAAUCCAGCCUCAGCAGCGACUCCGAGCACAGCUGUGGGUUUGUUCCCUGCUCCAACAGAGUGUUUUGCUCGAGUGUCCUGCAGUGGUGUUGAAGCUCUGGGGCGGCGGGACUGGCUGAGAGGAAGGCCCAGGGCCACUGACGGCCACAGAGGACAGUGCCCCAAAGGAGAGCCUCGGGUGUCACGACUGCCACACCAUCAAAAACUGCUGGAAAUGGGAAGUUUUCAGGAUGACCCACCAAGUGCUUUUCCCAAGGGUCUGGGCUCUGAGUUGGAACCCUCUUGCCUGCACUCCAUCCUGUCUGCAACACUGCACGCGUAUCCCAAAGUGCUCCUGAGUGAUGAGACAAAAUGCAUUUUCCUUGACCGUUUAAAGCCCGUGUUUUCACAGCAAACAAUAGAAUUCAAGAAAAUGCUUAAAAGCACCUCAGAUGGUCUGCAGAUAACACUGGGGUUACUGGCUCUGCAGCCUUUUGAAUUAGCAAAUACAUUAUGCCAUAGUUAAGGUACAAGCAGAACAAUACCAAUAGAUUAAUUUUAAGAGUUGUCUUAGAAUGAUUUCUUUCGCAUUAAGUCUGGAUGCAAGCUGUGCAGCCCUUAGGUUCCUGCUGUAGUUUUGUACGACCCGGCAGACUUAAAUCGAGUUUAAAUUCAAAGCCGGUUGAUGCGGAAGGAACUUUUUUAGCAUGUGUUAAAUUGUGCUUUAAAAGACAUAUAAAGAAUUGGGAAACAUUUCAGGAGACGAUCAUAGCCUGUAUAAAUACCAGAUUAGAACAUACGGAUUUACCAUGAAGUUCUGUCUUCAACACCCAUUCUAAAGGGCUACUGUCCCAAAUCCUGUGUGUCCUUUCGGCUUGUCUGAUCACCCAAUGGAAAUGGAUACUUGUAAAGUCUACACCGCUGUACUUGGCGUUAAAUCUUGCUGAAUUCAUGGUAAGCUGUUAUCAUUUCUACAUUUUGUAGAAUGAUUUUGGUCUGCAGCAAAAUUCGAUUUCACUUCUCACACCCCUUUCCUUCCAUUUGAAAUGCAAUUUAGACAGAGGCCGUGUGGUGAAAGUUGCAAUAUUAAGUUUAUCUUUAGAAGAUCCCUUCUCAAACUCGGAACCCUAGCAGUGUUACCUUAAACAAAAAUGAGUUUGAGAAAAAAGUAGCUCAGUUACAGAGAAGCAAAUUGAAUUAUUUCCCACAUAAAAAGUUUCUCAGAUUCUAGGAAUUGCAGUAUCCUGUACCCUAAAAUUUUUCCAGGUGACUCCUUUUGUUGUCUGUUAACUUUGAUAAAGGUCAUUUAAGGACAUAAGGUUUUAAAGACUCCCAAAGUGAGACUUAACCAUUUUCGGGAUUAUUGAUUGCAUAUAUCAGUUUAUGUUGUGUGCUGAAUUACUAUGCCAUGUGCUAUUUUAGUGUUUGGGGAAAAUGAAAAAUAAAAUUUGUUCUUUAGCUUAAUAAAUAAGUCUUAUUUUAUA